GACGUCAACGCGUUUGAGCAUGCCUACUACGCUCGAACAUAAACAAAGGCAGGACGCUGAACUGCAAUUAACUCAACUCUCUAGGUAUUGUAUAUGCUUAACAGUGCAGGAAAAUUGAAGAGCGACUUAUUUCUGGAGCUAUGGACAACGCAUUGUUGAUGCGAGUAAGUGUGUUUACCGACCAAGGAGGCAGGAAAUACAUGGAAGAUGUGACCGAAGUCAUAGUAGAGCCCGAGCCGGGAGAAGGAGAGCCGACGUCGGGUGAGCCAGAAGAGACCAGUGGGGGAGAGUGUACGUUCAGUUCUUUGGCUGCGAACACGCACCCAGAGCGGACGGGUGAAUCCGUUGCGUCGCCGCAGGUUUCAGAUGCAUCAUGUGAACCCGUGCGAACGGAAGACCAACGUAUAUUAGUGGAAACAUGUUUACCGGGAGAUCAGAGCCCAUCGCGAGCCGAGCCGAGCCCGGCGAGUCAUUCCCGCCGUUCCGUCGCAUUCUUCGCGGUGUUCGACGGACACGGUGGUCGCGAAGCUGCGCAGUUUGCGCGAGACUAUUUAUGGGAGUUCAUGAAGAAGCAGCGGGGGUUCUGGUCAGACUGUGACAUGGAGGCCUGCGCUGCUAUACGCAAAGGAUUUGUAGCCUGCCACCACGCUAUGUGGAAAAAGCUACCUGAAUGGCCAAAGACACUCACAGGCCUUCCUAGCACAUCGGGCACCACAGCCAGCGUAGUGGUCAUCCGCGGGAACCGCAUGUAUGUGGCCCACGUCGGGGACUCAGCAGUGGUUCUAGGGGUCCAGGAUGACCCCUCAGACCCGUUCAUCAGAGCUGUGGAAGUCACACAAGACCACAAACCUGAACUACCUAGAGAGAGGGAGCGUAUUGAAGGUCUGGGAGGGAGUGUUAUCAAGAAAUCUGGAGUGAAUCGGGUUGUCUGGAAGAGGCCAAGGCUAAGUCACAAUGGCCCAGUCCGUCGGAGCACUGUCAUUGACCAGAUACCAUUCUUGGCAGUAGCCCGAGCUCUAGGUGAUCUGUGGAGCUAUGACUUCUACAGUGGGGAGUUUGUGGUUUCUCCAGAGCCAGAUACUAGUGUGGUGACCCUUGACCCCAGAAAACACCGCUACAUCAUCCUGGGCAGUGAUGGUCUGUGGAACAUGGUGCCACCUCAAGAGGCUAUCUCCAUGUGUCAGAACAAUGAUGAAGCUAUGGCACCAUGCGGGGUAUCGAGUGCCCGGCAGCUGGUCAGUCAUGCUCUGCUGCGGUGGCGCCAGCGCAUGUUGCGCGCUGACAACACCAGUGCCAUCGUUAUCGCCUUGCAGGAGCCUGGGACCUCCCAGGAUGUGCUGCACCAUGAGGAGGUGCUGCUGGACUUAGCUAAGGUGUCCCAGUGUCCUCCUACCUCAAUGUCACGCGCUGACACUCCUCUCCUUCAGCGUCCUCUAGAUGAAGACUCCCCCUCUGCCAUGUGUGAGCUCCUCCCUGCCUUGGAGCGACGGGACGGACUAUCAGGAAGAAACAGCCUGUACCACAUGAAUCUGUCUGACCUGUUCACUCUGACUCCACUGUGUCCAAACAGUAGCGUUGAAUUGCCCAGUCAGUCCAGUCCCACUGAAAGGACAGUUGGUGGCAGAACGGCUGGCAGCAAAAGAACUAUUGACAGAUCAUCAGCAGGCCAGACAGCUAAGAAGGCCCGACGCAGGACUGCUGACAGGCUGCUGCUGGUCCAACACAACACAGAGAAAAAACAGAAGGAGUUCAAUAACAUCUCACCCAUUCAUCAACAGCAUAACAAGACCACAGUGUGUGUGUGCUGAAACGCACAGACACAUUAACCUGCUGCUUUCCACAGUCCACCUCAUUUUCAGUGGUAUUUCUGUUCCUUGUUCGUAAUUGUCCUGUACAUUCUCACAGUGCAAACCAGCCUUGCUGUAAAGGUUGUGGAGAGACUUGUCUACUUGCUCUGCACUGGGACAAUACACAUUUGAAAACUUAAGGAGUGCUUGUUUUCACAAAACAGUUGUUAGUUUGUUUCCAAAUUCCUUCCCGAAAUGUUGAUUAAAGGUGUCUUAAUGGUUCCUCUUGCUGGUAACAGUUGUAAGAAAUAAGUAGGACUAAUAAUGCUGGUGAAAUUACUAUGCAUUUUACAGCUGAGUAUUAAGUAAUUUUAACUGUUCAUGUAAAACCAAUCUAUAUUUUUGUACAUUCUUUUAUUGUUCGAUGAUAAACAUGAAAAUGAGCUCCACGACAGCUUUCACCUCCUUUUUAUCUCUCCAUAAACUAUUGUGUGCACACCCUUGGUUUAAACAUGUUUGUGUUUUUAUUCUCAUAAUUAUUUAAUUAAUAUAAACCAAAGGUGCGGCUACAGUCACAAACCUAUAAGCUACUACAUUGUGUAUAUUGGUAUAUAAAUGUAUGUAGUAAGUGUUGGUAGCACUUUUAUUCUUUGAGAGUAUACGUAUGACCCAUCCCUGCAAGGUUUCAAAUAAUGGAAGAUGUUUUUAAGUGUUAAUUGCACAAUGCAUCGUCCCUACAGACGAGAUUGUCUCCCAUCCCAAAUCCAUCCUCCUCCCUUGUUUUAUCUUUUUUUGAAGAGAGUACCUGUUCUUUCUGUUUUGUUGAGGCUGACUCAGAUGUCCUUUUCAUUCUACUUAUACAUGCUAUUGUCCCUCCUUAAUGCAGCUUCAGUUGUAUGGUUACUGAUGUAAGCACAGUGAUAAUUUGUGAGUAAAUACACAAUGCAUGGACUUUCUAAGACAUUUUGCACUUUAAUGCUGAAUUGUCUUUAAGAAGAGUGUUUGUUUUUGAGGUUCCUGUUGUGUGAAAAUUAUGUAGAUAGGAAUGGAUGCCAUGAUUGUAUUCUAAAAUGAAAACACAGCAAAUUACGAUAUUUGAGAUCAAAGAAUUUUAACUUUAAUAAGUGGAAGGGAAUCCUCACUAAUCUGAAGAGAGAUAGACGAACCCCUUUGCCUCUGAUGGUUUUAUAACAGGUCAGACACUGUAUUAUUCAGAUGAGAAAUAUAUUGGCUGCAAGAAAAUAAUGACCGGUAUACAAAUGAAUUUACAAAUAAAACCUUGGUACAUCAUAAUGCAUUUUCAUUGAGCUAAGUGCAAUUAACAGGAAUUUGUAGCUUUGUGGAUUGGUUCAAAAAAAAUUGACACACCCUUUCUUCAAAAACAGUCUGUUACUUUGCUUGCGAUCCCUGUAUUACUUUUGUAUAUGUUUUUAGUUUUUUUAUUUAAAAGAAAUCUUAUUGUAAUCAUUUACUCACAUCCCUGAUUCAGAUGGCUGUAUUAACAACCUAAAGUGCAUGUGUACAGUGUAAAUGUGAAAAAUUCUUCACAUGAACCUAUUUAAAUAAAUUUUCUGAAG